AUGGAUUACAAGGGGGGGCAGAUCCUGUAUGGGCACGUGCUCUGGCACCCGGAACAAAACCUCAACGCUGCUUACAAGCUGCAGCUGGAGAAGGUCAACCUGUGCACAGGCAGGGAUGGCUACGUGCCCUUCCUCGACCCCACGGGUACCGUCUACAACGAGGGGCCCCGGUACGGCUGCAUCCAGCCCAACAAGUACCUGAAACACCGAUUCCUCCUCCUGCUGUCCGAGUUCCACUCGGUGAGCAGCAUGCCCGGAGUUGAUGGAUUUACUCUCAAGGUGGACGCUCUCUACAAGGCACUCAUGAGAAAGCUCUUUAAAAACACAUUAUUCGUGUUCCUGAAGGAAUUAAUGCCAUCGCAAAGGCAGGACACCUCACGGGGUGGUCCGUGCUCCCGAGGAGCUCCCCUUGAACACCCGAGGUGGAGCUGCCCCGGGGCGCCCCGAAGGCGGCGGGCGGCCGCUGCUGCACCGUCAGGAACCUUCAUCCACCGAGGGACGCGGCGGCCUCUGCCAGGGCCAGGGCAGGAAAGUGAAGCAGGUGCACAUGGAAGUCAAAGUCCACGGCAAUUUGCACGACGGCACGGAAGUUUCAUGGAGCACACGCAUUGGGAAAAGCUUUUUAUAAACUGUAAAAUAAAGAUAAUCCAAAACUGAAAA